GAUGUCCUCUCCACACAGAUAAGAUACUGCAGCUAAUACGCCCUCUGUAAAUCGACCAAGAAAGACUAGAGCUAUAAAAAGGAGUGUUAUCGGAAUUCAGUAUUAUUCAGACAUUGUUCACUAUCAAUAACGAUGGCCACAUUGUUUCCCAAGAACGCAGUGGAGAAGCCGGAGCCCUUACAGGCAGAAGUAAAAGGGACCAUUCCCAGCUGGCUUCAAGGCACACUGCUGCGCAACGGCCCUGGCAUCUUUUCUGUGGGGGACACCAGCUACAAUCACUGGUUUGAUGGGAUGGCUAUUAUGCACAGCUUCGUCUUUAAAAAUGGUGAAGUGAUCCACAGAAGCAGAUUCCUUAGAAGUGACACAUAUAAAGCUAACAUGGCUGCAAAUAGAAUAGUUGUGUCUGAAAUGGGGACAAUGGCGUAUCCAGACCCCAGCAAGAGCUUCCUUGUCAAGGCAGUUACCUUUCUCAACCACACAAUGCCAGACUUUACUGACAAUGGUGCAAGCAAUUUCAUCAAAUAUGGAAAUGAAUACUAUGCUACCUCUGAAACCAACUACCUUCGCAAGAUUGAUCCCGUGACCUUGGAAACUCAGGACAAAGUAGACUACAAGAAAUACCUGCCUGUAAACCUGGCUACAUCCCAUCCACAUUAUGACAAGGAGGGCAACACGUAUAACAUUGGAACUUCAAUAGCAGAGAAGGGCAAGACUAAAUACAUACUGUUCAAAGUCCCCGCUGUAUCAGAGAAGGAUAAAGGCAAGAAUGUCCCUGCACUGAAGAAUGUGGAGAUCAUCUGCACAGUUCCCAGCCACUACCUACUCACACCCUGCUACUAUCACAGCUUCGGCAUAACGGACAACUACUUCAUCUUCAUUGAACAGCCUUACAAACUGGACAUCCUCAAGACAGCCACUGCGUACAUGAGAGGGGUCAACUGGGCAAGCUGCAUGAAGUUCUACCCUCAGGAAAAUACUCUUAUCCACCUGAUAAACAGAAGGACUGGUAAAGAGGUUGAGACAAAGUACUAUACUGGAGCAAUGGUCGUCUACCAUCAUGUGAAUGCUUUUGAGGACAAUGGACAUGUGAUUGUCGAUGUCAUCGCCUACGAUGAUACGCGCCUAUAUGAUAUGUUCUACCUGAAGGAAGAUGUACCAGGAAAACACCAUUAUGAAAGCUUUCCAAAACCAAGAUACACAAGACUUGCACUUCCCAUCCAAAGAGAUGAGGGCAUCGCAUGUGGAGAGAACCUAGUGAAACUCAAAUACACGACAGCUAGUGCUGUGAAGGAGAAGGAAGGCAAAAUAAUGUGCCAGGUAGAGGUGCUUUCUGAAGACGUAGAAUUACCAAGAAUCAAUUAUGACUUCAAUGGCAAGAAGCACAGAUUUGUCUAUGUGAACUGUGCUGAGGAAGGACAGUCCAAACAGAUUGGGAAGUUUGACACAGAAACCAAGGAAAUGGUUCACUGGAGUGAGGACAACUGCCAGCCUUCAGAGCCAGUGUUCAUCCCCAGGGCUAAUGGAGAGUCAGAGGAUGAUGGUGUGGUCUUAACAUCAGUUAUCAACUUCAACCCAGGCCAGUGCAGUUUCAUCCUGGUUCUUGAUGGCAGAACAUUCAAAGAACUGGCUAGAGCAUAUGUGACCACUGAGCUCCUCAAGGACAUGCAUGGAUUUUUUAUCCCACAAGGAAAUCAGUAAUUUGGGUAUACUGUAUAUAAAACUGCCUUUGGAGAACUUCCAGAAAACCUUCCCCAUAUGGUAUAGGGUAGGUAUCAAAUGUACACAACUGAAUCGGGUUGUUUUUAGACAGUAGUGUAGUGAGGAAGCACAUGGUUUCAGGGACAGCUUAAUGUGUGUCAGAUUAUGGGGACUGUAUCGAACAAAACAUUGAUAUAUUUAUUAAGAAACAUGCAGAUUUAUUGAUAUUGUGUUGCCAAAAUGUCACUAUUUGUUAUGCAGUCUACUUGUUCCCAUUAUUAUGCUAUUGUUCUGCUAAAACUGCUAUUGUACUGUAUGUGUUUAUUAUUUUCACUAAAAUAAAAUAAAAUAAAAUAGACUCUCAUACCAACCAA